AUGGAGUCUCAUCGCAAAAUCGAAUUUCCCAUUAUUGUAGAUGAGAGAGUAAUAGUAGUGCGUUUGUACAACAUCCGAAAUAUCGAUAAGAUCAUCCGUGUGCUCAACUCUUUACAAGCAUAUACUCGCAACCCUCGCAUAGUGACGCCAGUAGAUUGGCAGCUUGGUGAUGGGGUUUACUUCCGACCAGAAGAUCCAACAAUAUUCAAGGAGCAGCGAGGGACUGUCGAAGAGAAAUUCGGCUUACCAUACAUGAAAUUCACGAGUCUGCCAGAAGACCAAUUUCAAAGUCUUGGAAAGAACCCCACACAGCCACAUCCCAUAGCUCGCUUCGAUAUUGAGCUUGCUGGUCGAAAGCUAGGAGAAGGGGCGCGAUUAGGAGAGUAGAACAAAUGAGGGAGAGCUAGUGGAGGAAGGGCGUGGAGGAUUGCAUGGUGUUGAUAGUUCAACCGAUGAUAUGGGGGUGAAGUGGAGAUGUCGAGCAGGAUCUUCAGACCAGACCGUUAGACUGGC